CACACUGCCAGCGGAUGACACUAGAGGAGGAGGAGGAGAAGGAGGAGAUGAGGAGAAGCUGCCGUCUCCACUCUUCCGGCUUAACAUUACUUUUAAAAAAAAAAGAAUAAAAAAAAAGAAGAAGAAGAGAGGAAAAGCAGAACAGAGAAACAACCAAAAGGAUAUACAUACCAAUGUAAAAGAUACCCUACUCUUCUCCAUUCCCCUUCUCAAGGAGGGCAUUUUUCUUCCCUUUCCCCCCCUUUCCUUUUCUACCCAAAUUUUUACCUCUGAGAUCCCGGUUUUGUCAAUUAGAGUCUCUGAACUUCUCUGGGAUUUCAGGUGAGGCACGCGUGUGUGGUGUGUGGUGCGCCUUCAUAUUUUUGAUUGCCUAUCAUGGCUCACGCGGCCUCUCAAUUGAAGAAGAAUCGGGGGGAAGUGGAUGUGAAUGCAUUAGAGGACGAGAAGGAGAAGCGGAAGAAGAUCAGGAGAGCAGCGUCCCGGGAACAAAAGAGAAAGUCUGACAGCAAUGCAAGCUACCUACGAGCUGCCCGGGCAGGGAACCUUGAAAAGGUCCUUGACUACCUCAAGACAGGUGUUGAGAUUAACAUUUGCAAUCAGAAUGGUUUGAACGCUCUUCAUCUAGCCUCCAAAGAGGGGCACGUUGAGGUAGUCGCUGAGCUGCUGAAGCUGGAAGCUGCUGUGGAUGCGGCCACGAAGAAAGGAAACACUGCUCUGCACAUAGCUUCGCUUGCCGGACAAACGGAAGUCGUCAAAGAGCUGGUCACAAAUGGAGCCAAUGUCAACUCACAAUCUCAGAAUGGCUUCACUCCCCUGUACAUGGCCGCCCAGGAGAAUCACCUGGAGGUGGUUCGCUUGCUUCUGGAGAACAGCGCCAGCCAGAGUAUGGCCACUGAGGACGGCUUUACUCCUCUGGCGGUGGCCCUCCAGCAGGGCCAUGACCAGGUGGUCUCCCUGCUGCUGGAGAACGAUACAAAGGGCAAGGUACGACUCCCUGCCCUGCACAUCGCUGCCCGCAAGGAUGACACCAAGGCCGCGGCCCUGCUCCUGCAGAACGACCACAACGCAGACGUCGAGUCCAAGAUGAUGGUGAAUAGAACAACAGAGAGUGGUUUCACCCCCCUCCACAUCGCGGCUCACUACGGCAACAUUAACGUGGCCACGCUCCUGCUGAACAGAGGAGCUGCUGUAGACUUCAUGGCUAGGAAUGACAUCAUACCGCUUCAUGUGGCUUCAAAAAGAGGCAACAGCAACAUGCUCAAGUUGUUGCUGGACAGAGGGUCCAAAAUUGAUGCAAAGACCAAGGACGGUCUGACACCUCUUCACUGUGGGGCGAGGAGCGGGCACGAGCAGAUUGUAGAAAUCCUGCUGGACCGAGGAGCGCCUUUCCUGUCCAAGACCAAGAACGGGCUGUCCCCGCUCCACAUGGCCACUCAGGGGGACCACCUGAACUGUGUGCAGCUCCUGCUCCAGCACGACGUGCCGGUGGACGACGUCACCAACGACUACCUGACGGCGCUGCACGUCGCCGCCCACUGUGGUCACUACAAGGUGGCCAAGCUCAUUGUGGACAAGAAGGCCAACCCCAACGCCAAGGCUCUGAAUGGCUUCACUCCGCUUCACAUUGCCUGCAAGAAGAACAGAGUCAAAGUCAUGGAGCUGUUGCUAAAACACGGGGCGUCUAUCCAGGCUGUCACUGAGUCUGGCCUGACGCCCAUCCAUGUGGCAGCCUUUAUGGGCCAUGAGAACAUUGUCCACGCACUGACGAACCACGGAGCCUCCCCCAACACCACCAACGUACGAGGAGAGACAUCUCUCCACAUGGCAGCGCGGGCGGGUCAGGCAGACGUAGUCCGAUACCUGCUGAAGAACGGAGCCAAGGUUGAGACCAAGUCCAAGGAUGACCAGACAGCGUUGCACAUCUCCAGUCGGCUGGGGAAGGUCGACAUCGUCCAGCAGCUGCUGCAGUGCGGCGCCUCGGCCAACGCUGCCACCACCUCAGGCUACACCCCCCUUCACCUGGCUGCCCGCGAAGGACACCAAGAUGUUGCUGCCAUGCUGCUGGAGCAUGGAGCCAUGCUCUGCUCCUCAACUAAGAAAGGGUUCAGUCCGCUGCAUGUGGCUGCAAAGUACGGCAAGAUGGAGGUGGCCAGUCUCCUCCUGCAGAAGAGAGCUGCUCCUGAUGCUGCUGGAAAGAGUGGGCUAACUCCUCUGCAUGUAGCCGCUCACUACGAUAAUCAGAGAGUGGCUCUGCUCCUGCUGGAUCAGGGAGCUUCCCCACACGCUGCCGCCAAGAAUGGCUACACGCCGCUCCAUAUCGCUGCCAAAAAGAACCAAAUGGACAUUGGGACCACACUGCUGGAGUACGGCGCGGACACCAACGCAGUGACGCGGCAGGGCAUCAGCCCGAUCCACCUGGCAGCGCAGGAGGGCAGCGUGGACCUGGUGUCCCUGCUGCUGACAAAGAACGCCAACGUCAACACGUGCAAUAAGAGCGGACUUACACCACUCCACUUAGCAGCUCAGGAGGACAAGGUCAAUGUUGCAGAAGUCCUUCUCAACCACGGUGCUGAUGUCAACCCACAAACAAAGAUGGGUUACACACCGCUGCACGUGGCCUGUCACUAUGGCAACGCAAAGAUGGCAAACAUCCUGCUGCAGAACCAUGCCGGAGUGAAUGGCAAAACAAAGAACGGGUACACUCCUCUACACCAAGCGGCUCAGCAGGGCCACACCCACAUCAUCAACCUGCUGCUUCAGCACGGGGCCUCGGCCAACGAGCUCACUCUGAAUGGGAACGCUGCCCUGUCCAUCGCCCGCCGUCUCGGAUACAUCUCUGUGGUCGACACUCUGAGGCCUGUGACGGACGAAAACCUGACCACCAUGAGUGCUUCAGAAAAACACAAAAUCAACGUCCCAGAGACCAUGAAUGAGUUCCUCGACAUGUCUGACGAUGAAGGUGAGGAUGCGAUGACCGGGGACACGGACAAAUACCUGCGGCCUCAGGACCUCAAAGAGCUGGGGGACGACUCCCUGCCUCAGGAGGGCUACAUGGGUUUCAGCAUAGGAGCCCGCUCAGCCAGCCUCCGCUCCUUCAGUUCGGAUAGGUCCAACACACUCAACCGGAGCUCCUUCGCUCGGGACAGUAUGAUGAUUGAAGAGAUUCUGGCGCCCACAAAAGACACGCUUCAGAGUGUCUGUAAUGACAUUUCCUAUUUGGUUGACCCACUCAAUAAGCACCUGGCUGUGACCAGAGACUACAGCACUGAGUGUAUGCGGCGCUACAGCUGGACUCCGGACACCGUGGACCACAGCCCCAACACUGUGUCCAGCCCCAUUCACUCUGGCCUCUCCUCCCCGCUCCCUCAGUAUGACUCCAGGUUCUUGGUCAGCUUCAUGGUGGAUGCGCGCGGUGGUUCCAUGAGAGGCAGCCGCCACAAUGGCAUGCGCAUCAUCAUCCCUCCCAGGAAGUGCACGGCACCCACGCGCAUCACCUGCCGCCUGGCCAAGAGGCACAAGCUGGCCUACCCCCCGCCCAUGGUGGAGGGAGAGGGGCUGGUCAGCCGGCUGGUGGAGGUCGGACCAGCUGGGGCUCAGUUCCUGGGACCUGUGAUCGUAGAGAUCCCCCAUUUUGGGUCCAUGCGGGGGAAAGAGAGGGAGCUGAUUGUGCUGAGGAGCGAGAACGGAGACACGUGGAAGGAGCACCAGUCUGACGCCAGACCAGAAGACCUCUUUGAGCUGCUUUCUGGAAUGGAUGAAGAGCUGGACAGUCCCAUUGAGUUGGAGAAGAAGCGAAUCUGCCGCAUCGUCACUAGCGAUUUCCCUCAGUAUUUUGCUGUGGUGUCGCGGAUCAAGCAGGAGUCCAACCACAUGGGUCCGGAUGGAGGCAUGCUGUCCAGCAGCACCGUGCCCAUGGUGCAGGCCUCGUUCCCUGAAGGAGCGCUCACCAAGAAGAUCCGUGUCGGCCUGCAGGCCCAGCCCGUGCCAGAUGACAUGGCGAGGGCGAUCCUCGGAAACAGAGCCACGUUCAGCCCCAUCGUCACCGUGGAGCCCAGGAGGAGAAAGUUCCACAAGCCGAUCACCAUGACGAUCCCUGUCCCGCCUAGAUCGGCAGAAGGCCAUCCCAGCGGUCACCGAGGCGACACUGCACCCUGCCUGCGUCUGCUCUGCAGCAUCACAGGAGGGACGUCCCCCGCCCAGUGGGAGGACAUCACAGGGACCACACCGCUGUCCUUUGUCACCGAUUGCGUCUCCUUCACCACAAAUGUUUCGGCCAGGUUCUGGCUCGCAGACUGUCACCAGAUUCCUGAGACGGUGGGUCUAGCGUCUCAGUUAUACCGGGAGCUGAUCUGCGUGCCGUACCUGGCCAAGUUUGUGGUCUUCGCCAAGAUGAACGACGCAAUCGAGGCUCGUCUGCGCUGCUUCUGCAUGACAGACGACAAGGUGGACAAGACCCUCGAGCAGCAGGAGAACUUUGAGGAGGUGGCCCGGAGCAAAGAUAUCGAGGUUCUCGAGGGCAAGCCCAUCCACGUGGAUUGCUAUGGCAACCUGUCCCCUCUCACCAAAAGUGGGCAACAGCUUGUUUUCAACUUUUACUCCUUCAAGGAAAACAGACUUCCUUUCAACGUGAAGAUCAGAGAUAUGGGCCAGGAGCCGUGUGGCCGCCUCUCCUUCCUGAAGGAGCCAAAAUCCAUUAAAGGCCUUCCACAGACUGCCAUAUGCAAUUUGAAUAUCACACUGCCAAACCACAAGAAGGAUUUGGAGUCUGAUCCUGAUGAUGAGACUGAAAAGCCAGAACGACGUCAUACCUUUGCCUCCUUAGCUUUGCGUAAGCGCUACAGCUAUUUGACCGACCCAGCAGCGAAAACAACUGAUCGGAGCUCGCAGAGAACACAGCCUUCUAGCUACCCUCACAAACCUGUCUUUUCAACGAGAUCUUAUCAGGCGUGGUCGCCUGUUCCUGUCGCCGUCGCUGGCCAAGCCAAGUCUGGGUUUGGCUCCAUCUCCAGUUCGUCAUCCAACACGCCCUCUGCCUCUCCAUUAAAGUCUGUCUGGUCCAUCAACUCUGCCUCCCCCAUCAAGACCAACAUCCCCGGAUCACCUGCCUCUUCUAUAAAGUCAGUUAGUGACAUGGCCUCUCCCAUCAGAUCUUACAGAACUAUCUCCUCGCCUAUAAAAACGGUAGUCCAGCAAGCCCAGUACCCAGUCCAGGUCUGCCCCAGUCCCCUGGCCUCACCAGGCAGAAGUACCCCAGAUUCUACGUCAAUGAAAGGACUGGCAGCAUUGUCUGCUAGGACCUCCCCUAUAACUGUUUCUGCAGGAGGAAGCCCUCUUCUUGAGAGAGCAUCGAUAAGCUUGACCCCACCAACCUCUCCCAAAUCAUCUCUGAGUAUGUUCAGUUCACCCCUGCCUUACAAGACCAUUAUGGGUGGCUCCAGUUGCGCUGCAUCUUCCUCCUCACCUAUAAAAACAGUCCCUGGUCUUUCCUCUGUACGUUCCUUUGCCUCAGACGUCACUGGUCCUGCAAGAAACCUUUUCUCAUCUCUUACGUCUCCACUUAAAUCCAACACCCCUCCAAGUGCUGCAUCUCUUAUUAAUGGAACUGUGUCGCCUACACAGUACCGCUCUUCAUCCCCAACAUCUCUUCUCGCAAACAGUCUUCAAGAGAGAAUACAAGCCACCACCAAUGCCGCAACGACAAGCGUCAAUGCAGCCUUUGAGGAGGUUGAAAAAACAUUUAAUUCUUGUUCUGCAGGCUAUGGCACUCUGAAGUCUUUGUCCUCUUCUCCAUCAUCCUCAUAUCAGUCAAUUAGAUCAUCAGCUUCUAAUUCACUCUACGCCUCUUUAAGAUCCCCUCCUAACGCCACCACUGCUGUAACAUCUAGUACAAUGACUGUUCCAGUGUACUCAGUUAUUAACGUGCUGCCAGAGCCAGUUCAAAAGUUACCUGAGGUGUCCAAGUCAGCUGCUGCCCUUCUGUCUCCUCGAAAGACAGUCCCAGUUGAGGUGAAUGCUCACAUGCAGUCUUCCUUUGCCAGAACUCUUUCCCCAAUAAAAACCCCUCAUUUUCCUCCUGGUCUGAAAUCAAACACUACAUCACCACUAUCAUCCAGUCAAGAGAUUCUGAAGGAUGUAGCCGAAAUGAAAGAGGACUUGAUACGAAUGUCAGCCAUUUUGCAGACAGACCCAAAUUCCACAGCCAAUAAAGGAUUUCAGUCUGAUUCUGCCAAAGAGGCUAAGAUAGAAGAUGAGGAGCCAUAUAGAAUUGUGGAGAAAGUAAAGCAAGAUUUGGUAAAAGUGAGCCAAAUCCUUACUAAAGAUGCUGUGAAAGAUGGUAGGGUUACCCAUGCGAGGGGUUCUUUGGACGACAUACACUUCUCAAAAGUACAAGUUGAACAGCCUCCAAGCAACUGGAGCUAUCCGCCAAGAUAUGAGACUGUGGUUCCUCAAGCAAAAUCAAAAACAAUACCAGAUAAAGAUUUCAAUCUUUCCAAAGUAGUUGACUACCUGACCAAUGAUGUUGGGAGCAGCUCUUUCUCCAAAAUGCAUGACACAAAGCAUAAAGUAGAUGAGGGCAAGAGAGAAGGAGAGGGCAAGGAGAAGCAGAAACGUGUCUUAAAACCCACCAUAGCAGUUCAGGAGCAUAAGCUUAAAAUGCCUCCAACAAACAUGCGCUCUUCCCUUUCAGACAAAGAGUUCAGUAAAGUAGCAGAUGUGCUCUUUGGAGCAGACACUGUGCUAGACUCACCUGAUGAUAUCUCACAUGAGCAAGAUAAAAGCCCCCUCUCAGACAGUGGCUUUGAGACCCGCAGUGAAAGGACACCCUCUACUCCUCAAAGUGCUGAGGGAAUGGGUCCCAAGGCCCUUUUUCAGGAUAUCCCAGUUCCCCCAGUAAUCACUGAGACUAGGACUGAGGUUGUUCAUGUCAUCAGGAGCUAUGAGCCCCCAGAGGAUAACAAACAACCUACAAUGGAGGAUGCUCAUCCUGUCAGAUAUAUUGAUUCAGACUUUAAAGGGCAUCUAGCUACAUCAAGUCCAGAUCAGAAUAAAUGCUAUUCAAUAAAAGUCAGCCCUGAUGAAGAUCCAAUGGGAAAAGGGAUGAGGGUAAAGGAGGAGACUCACAUCACUACAACUACCAGGAUGGUGUACCACAAACCACCUGGCAAAGAAGCAGCAUCGGAGCGCUGUGAGGAAACAAUGUCUGUGCAUGACAUAAUGAAGGCUUUUCAGUCAGGCAAAGACCCUUCCAGAGAGCUGGCUGGACUUUUUGAACACAAGUCUGGCAACGAGGAAACAUCUCAAAGAGUCCUCGAGGACAUCUCCAAACCUAAAGUUGAAAGAAUAAUUGAAGUACACAUUGAAAAAGGCAAUAAAACAGAACCAACUGAGGUCAUCAUCAGGGAGACAAAAAACCAUGCAGAGAAGGAAAUGUAUUACUACCCAGGGAAUAGACAGGAAGAGGAUGAGCCUGAGGAAUCACUUCCAGUGUACCAAGAGGAAGACAGUCGCCCUAGUUCAGCCCAACUCAUGUCAGAUGACUCUUAUAAAACACUUAAGCUACUUAGCCAGCAAUCUGUCGAGUACAAUGAUGAUGAAUCAUCAGAGCUUAGGGGAGAAUCGUAUAAUUUUGCAGAAAAAAUGCUUCUCUCUGAGAAAUUUGACCAGUCUCAUUCUGACACAGAGGAAUAUCUGAGAGAUAGGUCUCGCUUCCACUCACCAGACAGAAGCAGUAGCAGUGAGGGUAGAUCAGGUGGGCCGAGGACAGAGUAUGUCUUUAGGUCGUCGAGAAAUGUGUAUGACAAAUCUGGAAGAAUGGCAAAUGUUGAUGAUAACUUUGACAAACUAACACUUUUGCAGUAUUCGUCUGAGCCUGGUAGCCCAAAGCAAUCAGUUUGGAUGCGUGUGUCUGAUGACACACAGAGUAAGGAUAGAGAACAGCUUAUCUACGAGGACAGAGUGGACAGGACUGUAAAGGAGGCAGAGGAAAAACUCAGUGAGGUAUCUCAAUUCUUUCGAGAUAAAACAGAACAGUUAAACGAUGAGCUCUCGUCUCCAGAGAAGAAGUCUCGAAGACCUGACUUCAGGGAAUCACGAUCGGGCCCGAGUUCUACACACAGCAGUCCAGAGAGGUCAGCUUAUAGAAGUGGGGCUAGUGGGGAAGAGUGGAGCAGAGAAAGGCUUAGGGACAGAUUCAGCUCCAGUGAUAGAAAAUGUGCAAGCUUACCUAGUAGUCCAGAGAGGAGAGUAUUGAUACACUACAGUGAUUCAGACGCUAGAAAACAAGGAGAUGGUACAUCACAGGGAAGCACAGGAGAAAGCCCUAAACCUUUUCAAAUGUCUUCCUCCAAAGUAAGUGCAGUGAGGCUGAAGUUUGAGCAAGAGGCUCAAAGGCAAGAUAGGAGUUCUCAGGGUGGCCAAGAUUCAAAUCCCCCUAUUAGAAAACUUCAGGAAAGUAAGCUACCAGUGUAUCAGGUGUUCGCAGGACCAAGCAUUCCAAAAACGCCAGACAGUCCGGGAAACCAGAGAAAAUGUGUAGAUAGUGAAUCAAAUAAGUUCUCCCCCAAGCAUGAGACCAGUGGAAAAGACCAGGAAGAUAACAAGUUAUUCAAAACAUGGGAGAACCAAGACUAUGGAAAGUAUAAACCCCAAUCUCCCAAAGUAUCUCAUUCUUUAAUCCAUGAUUCUAUGAAAGAUGGCAAUAAUAGUGAUUCCCAAAUUCAAGAAACCGCUAAGAAAAUAAUAUACACAGAAUUCGUUGUCCAUGAAAGUCCAAAUAGCAACGAUGGUCUAAAAAAAAACUCGGAAUCGCAAAUUCCUUUAAGAAAGCCUUGUAAUUUCUCGGAAAUUCAAAAAUCCACCACAUUAAAAUUAGAUGCCACUGUUGAACAACAGGAAAGGGCAGGGUCUCACAUACCUACUUUAGCUAGAAGUCGAUUACACAGUAGCUCUGACUCCAACAAGUCUACUCGUGGAUCAUCCCUAGGAAAAUCAACAGACUCAUCAGACGGUAGCCUAUCAAAUGUAGUGUGUAACGGUGUUGAUGGUGACCAAGCAGAUUAUUUGGGUGAAAUAACUCCUGUAGUUGUCACAGAGGGUUUCAAAGAUAUUAAACCCCUUCCAGUGUAUGUUAGUAUCCAAGUAGGAAAGCAGUAUGAGACAGAAACAGCCUCGGGGCAGCUGGGAACAUACAAACAGAUAGUAAGCCAUGAGAGUAGGACAGUGCAGGAGACUAGAGGUGCAUUUUAUACUGUCAAGCAGCCGUCUCCAUUUCCCCAAGGAAGUCCAGAAGAUGACACUCAAGUGACUUUCAUGGACAGCUCUGGGAAAAGUCUUGUGACCCCUGAGACACCAAGCUCAGAGGAGGUGAGUCUGAUCUCAAAAACACCAGAGUCUGUGAUAGGCUUCAUGCCUGGUAUGCCAAGCCCUAUCCCUGAGGAAGAAGACGGGAAGACCUUCAUCUACAAGGGGCCAUCAAAGGAAAAAUCCAAGCAUGCUUUCCCAGAGAAUCACAGUAGAAAACAGGAUGCAGAGAGACAGAAGUUAAAGGAGAAAAGAGUGGCUUAUAUUGAGUUUCCACCUCCUCCUCCUUUAGAGGCAGAGCAGUCCGACCCUGAGAAAAGGGGGUCUUGUGCUUCUUCUGAGGCAGAGACAGAGAUGAUUGAGGUUAACCUCCAAGAGGAGCAUGAUAGGCAUCUCUUAGCAGAGCCGAUCAUCAGGGUCCAGCCUCCGUCCCCUGUUCCUCCUGGAGCUGAUAACAGCGACUCCAGUGAUGAUGAGUCCGUCUUCCAUCCCAUCCCUAUAAAAAAGUACACCUUCAAAAUGAAAGAGGAGGGAGAUAAACACCAGAUAUCAAAACAAUCUGAGAAUAAUGGCAAUGAUAAUGAGUCUGGGAUCAAUGGUGUUGUAAAGGAGGAGGAUGUUGACUUUGAACAAAAUGGCAAUGACCAGUCAAUUACUGACUGCUCCAUAGCAACCACUGCUGAAUUUUCACAUGACACAGAUGCUACUGAAAUAGACUCUUUAGAUGGGUAUGACCUUCAGGAUGAGGAUGACGGCCUGAGUGAGGACCCUCAAUCAUGUAGUAUGUCCUUUGAUGGAAAAACAACCGAUCGCUCAUUUAAUCAGUCAAAGCUUGAAGUGAUAGAGGAAGAGAAAUGUGAAAAGGGGGGGGAGAAUGGGAAGACUAAAACCAACACAUCGUCAGCCAGUGGAGAUGAAAAAGAUUAUACCCUCGAAGGAAGACAUCCAGAAAGGCAGACCUUUGCAGAUGAAUACUUUGGCUACCAACUUGAAGAGGAGCUAAAUUCUACCUUUAAAACUGUUGCCACCAAAGGCCUGGACUUUGACCCCUGGUCUACCAAAGGGGGUGAUAAUGAUGGAGUUUUUGAGUCCAAAACAAAAGACGACGAUCCAAAGCCCUUUGGUUUAUCGGUGGAGGACAAAUCACAAGCUACAACACCUGACACAACCCCCGCUCGAACGCCGACUGAUGAGAGCACACCGACUAGUGAGCCUAACCCCUUCCCGUUCCACGAAGGGAAGAUGUUUGAGAUGACGCGCAGUGGUGCUAUUGACAUGAGCAAGCGGGACUUUGUUGAAGAGAGGCUUCAGUUUUUCCAGAUUGGUGAGCAUUCCUCUGACCCUAAAACAGGGGAAAAGGGGAAAGGGGGCAAGAUCCUGGGGGUAAUUUCCUCUCAGUCAGGGGAGAGGGCCACUGUAGAUGGCAUGGUGAAGGUUAUAGAUACUACCACAGACAGCAGCACAACACCAACAACACCAGCAGCAACAACAGCGAAAUGCAGCACUGCACAGCCUGGCAGUGACCCUGGCUACACCGGUACUGACGCCCCCACCUGUGAAGCCAUAGCUGAGACCGCCUCCUCAUGCACAAUCACAGCCUCUAAGGUUGAUCCCAAAUUACGCACUCCUAUUAAGAUGGGCAUAGCUGCUUCUAUAACUGUGAAAAAGGACUCAGGGGAUCUCACCGAUUGUAAAGCUGAUAUCUCAGAGGGUCAGAUUGUGCCAGAAUACAUCAGUAUAGAGGGUCAGAGUACAGAGAGCCAGACUAGCAGACAGACAGAGCCCAAGUUAGAGAGUAGAGACUACCCUACUGAAAACUGCAACAACAACAAUAACCUUGAGUCCUCCAGUGUUCAGGCCAACUACAUUCAGUGUGGUAGUGUUGUGUUUAAUUUGCAGUCCUCUUCUGAGCCCACUCUUCAAAAAGCUAGUAGGAUAGAAACACUCUUCUGUAGGGAAUUAGAAGUGGAGGUACACAACAGCAGUCAAGUGCAGGAGCAGACAAGUGAAGCUGUUAAAGAAAGUGAAGUAAGGCAGCCCAAGUCGAGGCUUCCAGUUAAAGCAUCAGGGUGGUCAUUUCACACGCAGGGAACAGCCAUAGGCAAACAGAAGCCCAAACAAGUUUUGACGGUUGAGGUCAGGAAAAGAGGAGAGCCAGCCAUAGCCAAAGUAGAACCAAGGUCUAGGAUACCAAUCAAGGAUGUUAAAAAGACCAGCCCUGCUGCCACAGCUAGCUCUCUUGCUUCUGUUCGGGUUACCUCACGUCCAACUAGGGCGUUGGACACAGGGAGAGCAGCCAUACAGUUGCCCUCAAGGUUACCACUGAAGGACAGGCAUCAGGUCAGCAAUGUCACAGUUGAGGGAGCAUGUAGACAGGCCAGGCAGGAGAAUCCUAGUGAGGUUUGUAAGCGCACAAUCGAAUACUUUAAAGGCAUUAGCGGGGAGACGCAAAAGUUGGUGGACCGCCUGUCAGAGGAGGAGAAAAAGACGCAGACAGAGCAGUCGGAGGAAGACAGCACCUCCCGGAGCACCUCUCUGUCGGACGCCUCCCAGCCUUCCCAGCCCUCCCAGCCCUCCCAGCCCUCCCGCUCAUCCAGGUCUGGUAGAGGUUCGAGGGCUGAGGCCGGGGCCGCGUCCGUAAGGGCAAAGGUGGCGACGACGGACAGGGCCUCCGGCAGUGAGAGGAGCAGGAGGAGUAGGCGGACUGGUGGGAAGGAGGGCAGUCAGGGACUCACAGGGUCUCGAACGCCUCCCAUCGCGGAGAUCAAGCCUAGUCCCCAGAGUCCUUGUGAGCGAACAGACCUGCGCAUGGCUAUCGUUGCAGAUCACCUGGGACUCAGUUGGACGGAGCUGGCUCGGGAGAUGAACUUCACAGUGGAUGAGAUCAACCACAUCAGACUAGAGAACCCCAACUCUCUGACAGCACAGAGCUUCAUGCUUCUUAAGAAAUGGGUCAGUCGGGAAGGAAAAAAUGCCACAACGGAUGCCUUAUCUUCAGUGCUGACCAAAGUCAAUCGGAUGGAUAUUGUGACUUUACUGGAGGGCCCAAUAUUUGACUAUGGUAACAUUUCAGGCACGAGAUGUUUUGCCGAUGAUAACGCUGUUUUCCGGGAUCAGGCUGAUGAUUUUCAGAGCAUUCUAGCGGAGCUGCAGUCCCCCGCCGCACUGCACUCCAACCCCAACUUCCUGGAGCCCGAACUCCCCGUCACCCCCAACCCUGCCCUCCUUGCCCACCACCAGCAACACCAUUACCCAGACCCAGACACCCCUUUGCUGGCCGACUCCCAGCCUCAUUCCCUGCCCUGGAGCCCGGAAAUAGAGAAAGGCGGAGAGCUAGAAAGCCCCCCUAGGAGCGCCCCCAGACCCUGUGAGCUCGCCUUAUCCGUCCCAGUCUUUGUCCUCCCUGAUCCUAUCCCUCCCAAGUUCAGAAAGCCCCACAUCGCCCUGAACGACCAGCUGCUUCUGAGCGAGGAGGAGGACAGGUCUUGUCAUGAAAUGGAGCUGAUCCACAGGCCCAAGUCACAAUCCCUCCCUGCGAUGUGUGAGUUAGACGUUGACAUGGCCUACUCCACAUCUUCCCCUUCAUUCUCAUCAGUAUCAUCAAAUACACCUUUAUCGGACGACAGAGCACAAAUUGGAGACGGAGGAGUGCAGAUGGGUUCCCCCAAUUGGGACCAGGAGGAUAUAUGUUUGAAAGGAGGUGAAAAGGAAGUGAUCGAGGAAAUAGAGAAGGUUGUGGCAGAGCUAGUGGAUGGAAAUGGAUUUGUGGAAAGGUGGGUAGAGCAGGACUUGAUUAAAAACGUGGAAAGAAAAUGUGAGAUGAUAACAAAAGAUAGGUGCGAGCUGGAAGAGGAGAAUAUCAUCUUGGCAGAAGAGAAGGAUAUGAUAAAUGAUGGGGAUAACGGAACAGCCUGUGAGGUGGAAGAGGUGAGAGAUAUGCAGGAUCUGUCAGAAGAGCAGCAUAAUGUGAUAGAAAUUGGGCAUGAAGUGGAAAAAGGUUCUACCUCAGAGGCAGAGGCUGUCAAAGAGGGUAUUGAUGAAAUAGCCGAGAUACAAAAAUGUGAAAGGGGCAGUCAGGAAAGGGUCUACCACGAUGACAGAGUGGAUGAUGGACAACUGAGGUUUAAAGAGGACCAAGGGGGUCAGUCCGUAGCUCUCCUCUCCCCUCAAGCCUGGGUUGAGGCACUCGGGGAACGUCAGCCCAGUGAGUCUGAAUCCAAUGAGGAAGAGGAGGAGGGAGACAGAGACAAAGAAAUCCCAGAAGGAUCUCUGUUUGAGGAGGUGGAGAAAGAAGAAGGCUCAGAGGACAAGAAGGAGGACGCAGAGAUGACUGAAGCUCAGGAGGCUCUUGAUCAGGUUGAACAGGCAGAAAAAGAAGUGUGUUCACUUUCAGGUUGGCACAGUGAUUCAUCCAGCGUCAAUGUGGAACCUCCGACGCCCGGCCGCAGUGUCAGCUCAGACCUGCUCGACAGGCGGGAAAGCCAAGAAAUCUCCAGUGAGUCCAUCACUUCCUCGUCUAGAGGCGAAUCAGGGAAGUCCCGACGGAACAGCAACAACUCAAGGCACUCACCUCAGGACCGCUCCUCGGAAUCAUCGAAUGGCCGAAAAGAAGAGGGAGCACUAGUGUCGGAGAAAAAAGUCCAGCAGGUUAGUGUAGACUCCGGUUCAGAGGAAGAACAGACUGUAACCACCAGAAUCUUCAGACGCCGCCUCAUUUUAAAGGGAGAAGCAGCAAAGAAUAUCCCAGGCGAGUCUGUGAGCGAGGAACACUAUAUGGACCAAGAUGGUAACCUCAUCAGUAGAAAAGUCAUCAGGAAGGUUAUCCGACGUGUGACAACUCCCACCCCAGAAAACCAAGGGGAUGACAGGUGGCUCCAAGACCUCCUGCACAGUCCCACUCUGCAGGAAGAAGGGUCCGAGCAAGGAGAAGGGUCGCGGAACAGCAGACGAAAAGAUGACAGAAGAUCGGGGGACAAAAAUCUCCACUCAUAGAGAGGCUUGUGCUCUACCAGGUGUGCAGGAACUAAGUUAGGUGUUUCCUGGAAAUACGUUUUCCGAGGGCUCGAGGCUCCGGUGUGAGGACUUCAGGGUCCAGUCUGCAACUUUCUGCUUCAAACAAACGGUUUUCACGCGAGAGGAGUCGACCCUUCUGACUUACGCAUUAGCAUGACAAACUCACUACCUGUCAACGAAAGCACCGGGAGGUUCUCACUCUUAGCUGUGGUGGACCCGUGGACAAUGAUUCUGCUUCCUGUUUUGUGUGAAACAAUAUGUGCCAUUGGUCCACUGUUGUUGUGAGAGCUUUUUUAGAGGAGUAUCGUUUGUUGUGAAAACGAUAAAAGACUCCCAUUACUGACAACCACACAGGUGACACUGUGACCAAAGAUGGCACAAGAGCUCAGUCCACACGGUGGGUGGAAAGAAUGAAGUAGACACAAUAACACACAAAAAAAAUCCAAUGGGACAAUUCUGAUCCAACUUCAACACUCGCCUUAUAGUUUUUCCUGAACCCAUUGUUGUCAGGAUGUAAAUUGUUUGGGGAUUUUUUUUCUUCCUUUUUAAAACUUAAACUAACACAAGAACUUUUUUCUGUAUAUAAAAUUACAAUGUGUAAAAUUCUUUAAAAAAGGGUAAGCUACUGGUUGAGGACACACGGAGGAGAGUAACCUUUUCAAGUGCUUUCAAACUUUAUUGAAACAGUUCCACUUUUAAAGAUUUGAGUGUAACUUCACAGGUUCUUGUAUAAUUACUUAUUAGAGCAGGUAUAAUGUUUGUACAUGAAAAAAAACUGGUUUGAUUUUAACUGAGGACAUUUCCAGAAAAUGGAAUUUCAGUAAUUCCCAAAGUGGGAAUGGAUCUAAUCCAACAAAAAGCCUUUCAGAGUACUCAUAUUUUCAUGCAUGCUGUUCACAUUAUUUUAAGUACAAUUUUUUUGCAAACACUGUAUUCAAAUUACAAAUAAAACCCUUUAUCUGUGUUCACAUAUAGCCCUAACAUGUCACCAAUUUUAUAUUUUAAAUUGAAAAAGGAUACCAUUUAAACAUUUAUCACGUCGGGAUGAGGAUGAAAAAAGUUCUAUAGCUUAUUGAGGGUGUGAUGUCUUGUCUGUCUAUGUGAAACGGAGGGCAGCUUCUGCUAUGAGAACGAAAUAAUCUGAAUGUAAAUGCUGGUAGGCUGGCUCGCUGUAAAAUUAUAACUGUAUUGUGCGUAAUGGCUAUAAGGUGUAGGAGUCUCUGUACACUGUUAGACUGUUUGUAAUCAUUUUAGCAGUGUGUCAAUUUGGUUUUCUUAUGACUGCUGUGGUAUUAAAGGAAAACUGGGGCAUUUCAUUUUUGGAUUUCUUUUGUUGAAGUAUUUCCUUAUUUAAAACCUACUCACAUUAAGGUCACAUAAAGACAUUAUUUGAUUGUAGCUCUUAAUAGCAUAUUGUAUGACAAAAACACUGGAUGGUCAAAAACAGUUAUUUAAGCAUUAAAUAAAUUGUGUUAAACUCUGAAACUGUGUGAUCUUUUUAGGCUUGAGAGUCUGUAUAUGCAGUGUCGAAUAGAAAUGUUUUCACUAGCUCAUCAGAUUUUAUUUUACUUUACAUAAGGAACUACCUUUGUAUUGGUUUUCAUUAGAUGCCCAUGUAGUUCAAGUGUGGUGUUCUACUGGUGCGAUGGCUCAGUAUGCCGAUAUCUAUGCUGUGGACAAGGAAACUAUGUAACUUUUUUCGGGGAGGGGCGGGGCUUGUAAAGGAAGUCAGUUAAGGCGCUGUACCACAUCCCCUUAUACUAUGUCAAUCAGGGGGUAGAGGAUCCUUUGAUAUGGCUGAACUGUCAAUUUUGUUUGAUAUGUGUUUUCACCUGAGCAGAUUUUUUGAUGUACAAUUCUUACUAACAGAGUGAAGCCAUUGCAAUGUAACUAUUCUAGCACUUUGGUUAUUCAAGGUAUUUUAGAGACUAUAGCCGCAAUGAUGCCACCACAAAUGUUUCAGAUGUCUUUACAAAAAUCAACCUAAAAAAUUCAAAAAAAAAUAAAAAUGCAUUGAUUUCGCAAUACAA